ACCUCUGGUGCUCUCUCUCAGUCAAAGGAGGGGGGACUCUCCGUAACAAGCUGUAGCUUAAUGUGAUUCUUCUUCUCAUCCUGUCAUUGAUGUUCUCUCUUUUUUUUAAUCAUUUUCUCCUCUUCUGCUGCCGAUGUCACAGCUGACAGUGUUUGGAUGCUACCAAGGUGCACAAAGCGUCGAUGGAAAGGAAAAUAACUUUUAAGCUGUCAGUGUACCUUUUCUUUAAAUCUAGACAUUUUGGGCUGGUUUAUUUGCCGUUGAGACACUAGUCCACAAUGGAGGAAUUUCUGUCAUAGUGGAUGACUCAUUUGGGUUAUUUUCUUCCUUGGAGGUUGCUGGAUAUAGAUGUUCCGUUCCUUUUGUUCCACCUGUGUGUUUCACCUCUCAGAUACCCUUUAGAAUCCGUCGGGACUUUUAUGGAGUGUGACAUUUUUGCAGCAAGUGUGAAGUUUGGAGGGGUAAAGUGAGACAAAGCAUGGCUAAUGGAACCGCAUCUGAGUGUUGAAACCUUCUGUCCCGGGAGGUAGUCCAGCAUCCAGAUAUGACCACAGUGUCCAUGGAGCCUCUUGGAGUACUCAUGGAAAGGGGUGUCAAUGCCACCAACCCUCCUCUCAACACGCUUGAGGACACAGCAGCAACCUUUACCAUCGGCACCAUCCUCUCCAUCAUGUGCCUCGUUGGAGUCUCGGGGAACAUCUACACCCUGGUGGUCAUGUGCCACUCCAUGAGGACUGCAGCCUCUAUGUACAUCUACAUCAUAAACCUAGCUUUGGCAGAUCUGCUGUAUCUUCUCACCAUACCCUUCGUAGUCUGCACACACUUCCUAAAGUUGUGGUACUUUGGGGACGCAGGGUGUCGGAUUCUGAUCAGUAUGGACUUCCUGACCAUGCAUGCCAGUAUCUUCACGCUGACUGUCAUGAGCACGGAGCGCUACUUUGCAGUGCUCAAGCCACUCGACACAGUCAAGCGGUCUAAAAGUUACCGAAAGGCCAUCGCUCUACUAGUCUGGGUUGCAUCUCUCAUCCUCACCCUGCCGAUGAUCGUAAGCAUUCAGCUGAUGACAGUUGGCAACAAGGCCAUGUGUCAGCCCACCUUGUCACAACUCUCCUACAAGGUUUACAUCUCCUUCCUGUUUUGCACUAGCAUUGUCGCCCCUGGAAUGAUCAUUGGCUAUCUCUACAUCCAGCUUGCACGCACUUACUGGGUUUCCCAGACCGAGACCUUCAAACAAACAAAGAAACUUCCCAAUCAAAAGGUCCUGUACCUGAUCUUCACCAUUGUACUCCUCUUCUGGGCCUGCUUCCUGCCCUUCUGGAUCUGGCAGCUGCUGGGUCAGUUCUACCCCUCGCUGUCCCUGUCCACCAAAGCCAAACGCAACAUCAACUACCUGACCACGUGUCUGACGUAUUCCAACAGCUGCAUCAACCCUUUUCUGUACACGCUGCUCACCAAGAACUACAAGGAGUACCUGAGGAAGCACAAGCGGUCCUGGUCAGCUGGCAGCUACUUCAACAGGAGGAGUCGCUUUCAGCGUUCGCCGCGCAGGUCGCCAUCUUCCAGCAGUCAGCAGUGUACUGAGAGCUUCAUGCUCACACACACAGCCUCCCUGCGAGCACAUAACACCAGUUUGUAAGACAUGACCGAGCUGUGGUGGAAGACGAAGAAAGGACAGAAGGAACCUGUUGGAGACGAC